CAUACACAAAGAAACCCAAAUGGAGGUGAGGUUAGAAAAGGAAAAAGGUUUUGUUGAAUUAGGUGAUAAGGUAUAUAAGGCAUCUGCCAUCCAUCCAUCCAUCCAUCUCUAGAAGUUGAAUCCACAAACCCAUCCCUUAGCUUGCAGAAUUCACACUAUUAUUAUUAUUAUUUUCUCUUUCUUGAACCCACAUGAAUAUUCUUGAAAAUAACUACUGUUCUCCGAUCCAAUUUUUGGUCCAUAAAUAUAUAUUUCCACUGUACUGUUCUUCUACUCAUAUAUAGAUCUGAUCUGAUCUGAUCUUCUUCUUCUUCUUCAUCUAUAUCCGUUGUAAUUAAGUAUGAACAAAAGGCAGCAAAGAAUCCAUCCAGGAAGCUAAGCUAGUGUUUUAGGUCAGGUCAUGACUUCUUGCAUCGGAAUGGAUUUCUUCCCCACCAAUUUUAUGCUUCAAACCCCUCAUCAUGACCCCAAUGAUCAUCAUCAUCAUCAUCCCUCCACCGCUCUCUCUCCCCUCUUUCCUUCAUGCACUACUCCUCCUCCUCAAAACUUCCAUGGAGUAGUGGGUGUGAGUUCAUUUCUUGGUGGGAAGAGAUCAUCAAUGAACAUUUGUGAAGAGGCAUUGUCACAUGGAGAUGUGCAGGAAGAGGUGUCAGAUGAGGAAGAAGGGUCAUUGCAGGCAGGAGAGAAUAGCAAGAAGAGGAGACUGAACACGGAGCAAGUGAAGGCUCUGGAGAAGAGCUUCGAGGUGGGAAACAAGCUUGAACCCGAGAGGAAAAUGCAGCUGGCUAGAGCUCUGGGUUUGCAGCCCAGACAGAUCGCCAUUUGGUUCCAGAACAGACGAGCUAGGUGGAAGACUAAGCAGCUGGAAAGGGACUACGAAUCCCUCAAGAGACAGUUCGACGCUGUCAAGGCUGAAAAUGAUGCCCUUCUUGCUCAUAAUCAAAAGCUCCAUGCCCAGAUAGUGGCACUGAAGAAUAGUAGGUGCAGGGAGAGCAUUCAACCCACAGAAUCCAUAAAUCUGAACAAAGAGACAGAAGGAUCAUGCAGUAACAGUAGGAGUGAAAACAGCUCUGCAGAAAUAAUGAAGCUAGAGAUCUCAGCAAGGAGCACAGCCGCCAUUGAUAGCCAUCCAACAACUACAACUACAGCUACAACAUCAUCUCUGUUCCCGGCAGGGAUUCCUCAUCUGUUUCAGAAUAAUAAUAAUAAUUCAUCAUCAUCGUCAAGACAGUCGGAUCUUAUCCAUCAUUGCCUCAAAAUGCAGGACCCGAGUGUGAAGGAAGAGAGCCUAUCCAACAUGUUCUGUGGGGGAGAUGAUCACUCUGCAGGAUUCUGGCCCUGGUUGGAUCAACACCAUUUCAAUUGAUCAUCCAUUAUCAUCUUCAUUUCUAUAUCUACUGCGUGGAUCAUAUCAUAUCAUAUCAUAUCCACUACGUACGUUACGCCAUGUUACGUUGUGAUGAGAUUUUACUACAUAUAAGCUAGAUUUAUUUGGGGUUUGAUGAGGUUCUUUGUUUUAGUUUGGUGCCUAUCCUAGCUAGCUAGGAAUGAGGCUUAAUUAAUUUCUGUAUAAACUUAAGCUAGUAGCAAGAACACUAUAUACGGAGUACCUUUUUUGUU